AUGACUCAACAUGUUGCUGCUAAAACUGAUUUUAGUGCUUUGUUGGACGCAUUUGGUAAGUGGGGAGCUGCUGAUGGUAACAUGGAGAUCUACUUUGACUAUUAUUUGGACGGUAAUCUAAAACAAAGCAAUAGAAAUUGCUGUCGCCCUCCUGUUGGUUGUAUUUGCUUUGAGAGCUGUGACAACUAUUUUGAAGUGUGUUAUCGACCUGUCAAUACAACUGAACUCUUUCUGACCUGUCAGACAACUGGAGUGCUUCUCACUGCUCCUGAUCCAGAAUUUGCAUCGCUUUCUAGCGUAACAUUUACAUUAAACCAAACAUUGGGAAAUGGUGUAAGGAAUCCCAUUUCUUUGUUUUUUAAAGGUUCCUGGCCGGGUGGAUUGAAUCUGGAAGUUAAUGUGUCCAACAAUUACACAAGUCCUCCUGCAUUGAUAGGGUCAUUUGAGUAUGAGAAUAGUAGCACCAGCUAUGGAAAUUUUAGUUCACUAAUAAUUUUGCAAGAGCUCAGUAAAACAAAAACUCUUGAUAUUAAGUGGCGAGUGAGAUGUCAUGAUCAUUUCUACAAUGAGGAUUGUUCCACAUUCUGUAAACCUGUGGAUGAUGUCAGUGGCCACUAUGACUGUUUAUCAAACGGAACAAAAGGUGUCUUUCAGGAUGGACAAAUCCACAAACCGAUUGUACUACAGACAUUGAUGAGUGCAUGUCAGAUCCUUGUUACCAUGGAGGAAUAUGUUUCAAUUUAUUUGAUUGCUAUACAACUGCAAUUACAUCGAAGCACUUGCAAUGAUACUAUUAGUGGAUUUGAGUGUUUCUGCAUGGAUGGAUUUGAGGGUGUUGUAUGUGAAAGUGAAACAAACGAGUGUACUUCAGACCCAUGCCUCAAUGCUGGUGUGUGUCUUGAUGAGGUCGGAAACUAUGUAGACAAUUGCCCGAGUGUGGAGUGUAUGAAUGGUGGCAAUUGUAAAGAUCAUGUCAACUAUUCUGAAUGUCAAUGUGCUGAUGGAUAUGCUGGCAAAUAUUGUGAACAUGAAAUCAACGAGGUGGAUGGUUACAGAUGUGAAUGUGCUGAUGGAUUUUACGGUCCAUGUAACAACUCAAGGAAGUUACAACCUGCUUUAAUACCGACCAAGGGUGAUGAGGAAAUUCCCAUGGAUGAAGUGGAACGACAGGAGACUUGUUCCUGUACAAGUCCACAAUGCAAUAUGACACUUGAUGAUUGUGCAUCAUCUCCUUGUAUUUAUGGAAAUUGCAGUAAUGUAGCAAAUGGCUAUGAAUGUCACUGUAAACCUUCUACAUACAUAGGAUACACGAGUUCUAACUGUGAGAUAAACAUUGAUGAUUGUUGUUCAAAUCCAUGUCAACAUGGUACUUGCCAUGAUAUGAUCAAUUACUACUACUGUGAAUGUGAUGAUGGAUUUAAUGGCACAGAGUGUGACAAUGAGAUAGACGAGUGUUUAUCAGAGCCAUGUCAUCAUUUAGGAAAUUGUAUUGACCAUGUUAAUGGAUUUUAUUGUGAGUGUGCUUAUGGCUAUACCGAACACAAUUGUGAGUCUGAUGUUGAUGAAUGUGUUGGUAUUAUAUGCAUGAAUAAUGGGAGUUGCCGUGAUGAUGAUGGUAGCUAUCGUUGCGAUUGUGCUGAUGGAUUCACUGGGCAUCAUUGUGAAGUCAAUGUAGAUGACUGCAGCUCUAAACCAUGCCUGCAUGGUGGGUCAUGUCUUGACAAGGUAGGUGCAUACACGUGUAGCUGUUCUAAUGGUUACAAUGGGACACACUGUGAAAGUAACAUUGACGAGUGUCAGUCUAAUCCUUGUCAAAAUGGAGCUACUUGCUUGGAUGAUGUUGAUGAUUACACAUGCAAUUGCAGUACUGGAUUCACGGGUAAAGCAUAUGAAACAGACAUAGACGAAUGUGCAGUUAAUCGUUGUGUUAAUGGAGGAACAUGUAAAGACACGGUCAACUCUCUCUCUCUUGUGAAUGUUUACGUGGUUAUGAAGGCUUUCUGUGUGAAAAGGAAAUUGAGAAAUACUCCUCACUUCCCUGUCAAAAUGAUGACAUAUGCAAACAGUGUGAAACUGAUAUCGAUGACUAAACUCAUUUUUUGUGACUGUUCUGCUGGAUUUGCAGGAUGUUUAUGUAAUUUAGAGAUCAGUGAAUGUGCAUCACCACCUUGUGCAAAUGGAGGUCACUGUGUUGACAUGGAAAAUGGAUAUCAGUGCAUUUGCACUGUUGGUUAUACAUGCAAGUACUGUCACAUGCGAGGUAAUCCAUAUGUGUCUAAUCCAUGCUCAAAUAACGCGACAUGUGAAAGAAGGUCACAAGGUUAUGUAUGUAACUGCUCAGCUGGUUUUACAGGAAGUAAUUGCCAGAUAAACAUAAAUGAGUGUGAUUCUGAUCCCUGUCAGAAUAACGGAUCAUGUAUUGAUUUAAAUAAUGAAUACAGAUGUUUUGUCCAGCUGGCAUCACUGGAAUAUACUGUGAGAGUGAUGUUGAUGAAUGCUUAUCGAAUCCUUGUGGUCAUGAUGGAAACUGUUCUGAUCAUCCCAAUGGGUACACUUGCAAUUGUCCUGAAGGCUACACUGGACAAAACUGUGAUCUAGAGACUGAUGAAUGCAUCAGAGUGAUGUGCAUUCAUGGUGGCACAUGUGUAGGUGGUUUGGCUGAUUUCUAUUGCAACUGCACGUCUGGAUAUACUGGAAGACAUUGUGAAAAUG